UGGGGAGCAUUACCAACAUGAUGUGUUGCCAAAAGCACGGUGAUAGGGAUCCAAAGAGAAUCCCUCACAUACCUUUCACUUUUUCAUUUCCCACGUCAGGUUUUGGGACUUUCCGCCACAGUCGCUUUUCUAUUUCUGUCCACCCUCUAUCUCGAUCUGUUUUCGUGAGGUGGGGCAACAUUAGGGUUUCAGCAUGGUUACUAAGUUUUCGUGGCGAGUGACAGUUUCCUACGUUUCUCUAGGUGGAAGAAAUUAGCGAAGGCUUCGAUGGCUUCUACAGCUUGCUGCCGAACCACUCUUAUAUGUAGCCAGGUGAUGCAGGGGGGGGGGGGCAUCGAAGCGGGACCACUUCGACAGAGUUUGGGAAGAUGGGUGAUAUCGCUGCUGCUACAGCAAGACGGAUUUUGAAUAUUGCACUGAGAAGAAGUCGUCUCUUCACUUCGUUGCCAACUCCGCAGCGCACGAAACCCUUCUGCAGCCUGCGCAGGGAGAUCUACGCAUCUCAGUUCUACGCAAAUCGGCUGCCUUCGUCUGGCCAAAGAAUCCAGGCCUUGGGGCGCGUCGCUCUGCCCACAAAACGGGGAUGGCGAAUCAGGGGUAGUGACAUUAUCGCACAGAUGGACGGAAAAUCACCAUUGCGAGCUGAUUGGGGUAGGGUUGUAGGGGGGCAGAAGUGGGGGGCCAGGCUGGAGCAACGAUUCUGGGUGGCUGGCUGGCUUGGAAGCAGAGCAGAGCGCGACGAUAUUGUGAAAGCCUAUUCCACCACCGUCAUUGGGCGACUAAGAAGCACUGGGUAUCCGUAGUGAUCCAGUGCUGCUUUGAGCCCACAACUACCUGUGCAUCUGGAUUUUCGUGUGGCAAGGCCGACGGCCACGUCAUUCCGGGGCUUCUGAUUCGAUCCACCCCCGAUCCCCUGCGCUCCGCUCCGCUGCGAUGCGAUGCGAUGUGAUGCGACGCGUCGUGCCGCCUUUCGGCGCUGCAUGAGCUAUCAAGCCUAACUCAUAAGCCCUUCUGUGGAUCUAUUCUCUCCGUAGAUGCAUUUGUGGCAAUGCCAUUCUAGAGCCACAGAAAAUUUCCUCGAGAACGAAACCAUGCUAUGUCUACAUUCAAUGAUCCAUUCUGUACACCUGGAGGAAAAAAAAAAAAGAAAAAAAAAGGGUAGAAGAAUGGGGAAAUAAAAGUAAUUAAUGUUAACUAUUUAGGAGCAAAUACUGUUGUUAUGAUUAUCAAAAAACUGGAUUGAAUGAGAUGGUUAUUGGUUAAAAGUCUCAUAUAGAUGUAAGAAAAUAAAAUAAAUGAAUUUAGAGAAUGAAAGGUGUUUGUAGAUGUACGUUUGCAAAAUGCCUUACCUGUAAUCAUAUGGAGAAGAAAACAUGUGUUUAGAUAUUUAAUGAUUUUUUUUUUUUUUUUCCAAUUAUCAUUGAAAUAUAUUACGUUGAUGUAAUAUUAGUGCAGAUACAGGUAGAUAGAAUAAUUCUGAACAUUGUAUUUUCUUAUUAUUAAAAACCAAUAGAGUAUUUGAUCUGUAUCAUAAAUGUUGUUGUUGUUGUUUU